AUGAACUACGAGUCACAGCCCCUCCAAGCCCACGAAAUCGCAUCCAUGAAGGCAGAUCCUGAAAUAGUUGACCGUGUGUUCCGGUCGUACGAGCUGAUGCUCGAUUUCUACGGCAUGCGCCUCCAGACCCGCGAAACAGGUCUGACGGCACGCUCUUCGCGCAACCACGCCGAGCGUUACAGAAACCUUGUCAGAUCAUCGCACAACUACCUGCGCAUCUCUCGCGUCUUGAAAUGCCUCUCCGAGCUGGGCCUCGAACAUCUCAACGGAGGAUUCCUCCUGCACGUUUUGAACGAGCAGAGCGAGCACAAUCAGCUCAACACUGCCGGAAUCCGCAGCAGCAUGGACAGAUGGUGGGCGAACUGCAUUCGGAAUGAGGAGGAGCGGAAGUGGGUCCGGGACACCAUUCAGAAGGUGAGGUCGAAGGAUGGGUACGUGUUCACGCGGGAAAUGUACGAACAGGCAUUGGAGAGGAGGAGGGAUACCGGAUAUCUGGGAGCUAAAUGCCAAGCCGCAGAGGCGACUUCAACGACGACCGAUGGAGCUUGA